CUCCCUGCCUCCCCUCCCCUUCCCAAAACCUUACCCCUCUCCACGCCUCUGCGCUGCUUCUCCCUCCUUCUUUCCCUUCUGCACUCUCGUCUUUCCCAAUCCGGGAGGACAGCAGGAUGGAGGACAGGGUGUGGACCCCCAUGUGCCUUCUUGUCAUUUUGUCCUUGGGAUGGACUGAUGCUCAGACUAAUGACACUAACGCAAGGCCAGUCUUCCACUGUGGAGGCCACCUGGUCAUAGACUCCGGCAUCGUGGCCAGUGAAGGUUUUCCCAGCUUGUACAAACCCAACAGCAAAUGCACCUGGUACAUCACUGUCCCCGAGGAUCAUGUGGUCAUGCUGUCUUUCCGCCUCUUUGACUUAGAGGCUGACCCCAUCUGCCGCUAUGACUACCUGGACGUCUACAACGGUCACUCUCGCCUAGUGCAGAAGUUAGGUCGAUUCUGCGGGACCUUCAGGCCCGGUGCCCUCAUCUCCACCUCCAACACCAUGAUGCUGGAGAUGGUGACGGAUGAAGCCACUGGUGGAAGAGGAUUUCUGGCUUCUUUCAAUGCAGGGAAGCCACAUAUGGAAGAGAACCAGUUCUGUGGAGGACGACUGACCAAAUCACAGGGCUCCGUAAAGACGCCCAACUGGCCCAACUCCAAUUACCCAGCAGGCAUCAGCUGCUCGUGGCACAUCUCCGUAGAGCCGAGCAAUGUGAUUGAGGUACAGUUUGAGAAACUGGAUCUGGAGCCUGACAUGUAUUGUCGUUAUGACUAUGUGGCCUUAUUUAAUGGGGGAGAAACGGAUGACUCGAGGAGGAUAGGGAAAUUCUGCGGAGACAAGCCACCAGGCACUAUAGUGACAAAUGGGAACGAGCUGCUUCUCCAGUUUGUGUCUGACCUCAGCGUGACCUCAGAUGGAUUCAUGGCCCACUACUCCAGCGUGCCUCGUGGGUCCCGCACACCCACUGCAGGAGGAGACUUUAUCCACAGACCUCAGAUAACCUCCACGACAAAAAUACCCACCAAACCAACCCCCAAACCAGUUCCCAAACUCAGACCAAGCCCCAAGCCCAAACCCAUUCCCAAACCAGUUCCCAAACUCAGACCAAGCCCCAAGCCCAAACCCAUUCCCAAACCAGUUCCCAAACUCAGACCAAGCCCCAAGCCCAAACCCACCCCCAAACCACCCAAAAGGCAACCAGGAAGGCCACCGCUAGUAAAGAAACCUCCACUAAACAGACCCACUACUACUAACAUCAAACCCACAUCUAAACCUAAACCUACACCUAAGCCUAAACCUAAACCUGAAAUUAAACCAACACUAAAGCCUAAACCUAAACCUGGAGUUAAACCUACACCAAAGCCCAAACCUACACCUAAACCCAAGGUCAUUAAACCAACUCUUAAACCAAGAGUCAAGGUUAAACCCACACCUAAGCCCAGUAUAAAACCCAAAGUGAAACCAGUGAAGCCAACCACUAAGGCAGGAGUUAAACCAACAGUCAAACCUAAGAUGAAACCCACAGCAUCAUCUCAACCAGGAGUAACCAAAGCAGUGACCAAGAAACCCGAUGUGAGCAAGAAACCUUUACCACUGAACCCACUGUGUACACAACCCUGUAAGCGGACUGGAACCCUCCAAACCAGCUUCUGCCCUCAUGACUUUGUGAUUACGGGUAAGGUUACGUUUAUAGAUCCUGGUCCAAGGGGCUCAGCAACCAUCGAGGUGUCACUGAUCAAGGCGUAUAAGACAGGAAGCCUCACCGUCACCAAAUCAGGACCCGCCAAAACAGUCACACUGACUUCUACCUGCAAGAAAUGCCCAGGGCUAAUCAAAGGCCGUAACUACGUGUUGAUGGGAAAAGUGGACACAGAGGGCAAUGGCCAUUUGAGCCCCUCCAGCUUCACCCUCCUCUUUAAGCCCGUUCAUUCAAAAGCACUGGAUGUCAUUUCUCGCAAAUCAUGCUGACAUCGUGGCCUAAACCACCAAUCAAACUGACAGCCUUGACUCUUUAGAAAAUGUAACAUUGCAUAAAGAGUGAAAAUAUUAUAAACAAUAUCCUGCAGAAUUUUUUUCAUAUUACAAUAUGGUUGUGAGAAGGAGUUACAUUUUAAACAUACGAUAUUAACAUAUUACUUUUGUAUUUUCUAUGUAAAUUAUAAAGUUUCUGUGUUAAAAGAUACAUAAUAAACACAGUUUGGGGGUAAUUUUAGUCUCGACUAUCCAUUACUUUCCCUGGUACACUGAAGUGCUGUACAACAUAAAGAUCUUAGAGACCAUAAAACAAAUAUGACAUUUAUCACCAGCAGCAACAUGACACAUGAUUGUGAGGGACUGUUGUCCUACAUGAUGACCUCCUGAAAAGCUUGCAAUGGCCUUCAUAUAUCAACCACGCUGUCACAGAUGCCACUUUAGUGCGAAGGCAGCAAAUCGAACAAAGUGCUGGUCUUCAGUGAUUUUGGUCCAUAUUAACAUCACACAGUUGCUGCAGAUUUUUCAGUUGCUCAUUCAUGAUGAAAUAUUUUUUUCUAUCACAUCCUGAAGCUGUUUUAUAGUAAUGAGAUCUGGUGAUUGUGGAGGCCAUUUGAAUACAACAAACUCAUUGUCAUGUUCAAGAAACCAGUUUGAGAUGAUCCCAUGAACUUUGCAAAACAUGGUUUGUCAUCCUGCUGAAAACAGUCAUCAGAAGAUGGGACCACUGUGACCAUAAAGGGACAUGAUCAGCAACAACACUCAGGUAGGCUGUGGCUUUUAAAUGAUGCUCAUUAGUACUAAGUGACCCAAAUUGUGCCAAUAUCCCCCACAUCAUUAAACCACAACCACUAACAUUAACUGUUAAUAUAAGGCAGGGUGUAUCAGUGCUUUCAUCUUGUUUAUGUCAAAUUUUGAACAUAUCUUCCAAAUGUUGCAGCAGAAAUCGCGACACAUUAGACCAUUUGACAAUUCAAUUUUGUAGCCUCAAUUUUUGCUUCCACUGCUUCAAGGUUUGACAUGUCGUGUGUUCAGAGAUGCUCUUCUACAUAGCGUGGUUGUUAACAAGCGGUUGUUUGAAUUACUUCUGCCUUCCUAUCAGCUCAAAGGAAGGCAUUCUCCUGGCAUAAACGAGUCAUUUUCACCUAGAAAACUGCUGCUCACAGGAUAUU